GAAUAGCUGAUCUACGUGGCAUGCGCUCACUCAGGCAGACUCCACAAAGUAAAUUGUGACUUUUUAAAUUAAAAAAAAAAAAUGAAGAAAGAGGUCAGCCACGUAACGUAAACCACCAACACAUCCGGCUGGAAGACUUAAAUUUACAGGGUCGCUUGUUUAUCCGUAACACCGGAUGUGCCUCUCACGGCAACCGAUGAAACGAGAGAAUGAUGAAAAGAGAAUACUCAUUUAUAAUAUAAUAUUCUCAUUUAAAAAAUCAAAAUGUAUCUUUAGAGUCUGUAGUAUGUACAUGUCAUGUAUAUGAGCUAUUUCGCUAUUUCAAACGUAGAAGUUAAAAUGCAAUUUAACCGGGAACGCAUCCGGCAACUGGGGAGGAUCUUGCAUACAGUAUCUGUGUCCAGGGGCCCAUUGUCUCAUGAGUGGUCCAUGCAACAGUUCACUGAUUCAUUCCCACAGUCUUGUCAUUGUAAUCCUACCCUCUACCCACCAUGCACUGGGAGGUUUCUAAGGCGACCCUGACAGUCAACAAACAUGGCUGAUGCUGCAGGGAGCGUUGCCCAACAUGAGCGUUCCUGCUGUCACGUCCCGACGUUCUCUGCCCGACAUCCCAUGAUCCCCCGACUGUACGUGAUGCCGUGGAGACAGGACAUGAAGAACCAGAGGCUCCUGAUGAAGAAUGCAGCUCUGGCAGAGAUCCCUGUGGUUCCUCUGGAGGAGUCUUUAUGUUUUUGUGCUCGGGAGCGUCUCUGCCAUAAUCAGAACUCCUCCCAUCGCUCCUCCAUCACCUCCUCCUCUGCUCCUCUUGCCCAGACAGGACUGACUGCUCAUAAUUCCUCCCACUUCUCCAGGUACAACAGUUCUGUGGUGACGACCAGGCGGCUCUACCAAACCUGAACACAGAACACACAAAUAUUAAUAAACCCAUCUGCUUAACACUCUGGAAAAUGUUUGUUUUUCAUAAAUUUGGUCCUUUAGUUCAGUUUGUACAAGAUUCAUUAGUCACAUCUUAUGUAAAAUAGAAAAAAAAAAUCAAAUCACUGCAGGCAGAGGCUGGAAACAGAUUAAAGACAGACUGGUUGCAAAAUCUGAAAAACAAACGUGACGAAUUUAGAAUGAAGCGUAAAAACAUAACUCUUGAGAUUUAAACAGUACUGUGCUAAAGUCUCAGACAGGUGUAAAAAAAUGCUGUAAAAUAAGAAUGCUUUCAAAAAUAGAAAUGUUAAUAAUUGAUUUUAUCAAUUAACAAAAUGUAAAAUGAGUGAACAGAAGUACAUUUUAAAUCAAAUCAGUAUUUUCUGUGACCUCCCUUUGCCUCUAA